AAGGCAGACUGCGGGGCGCCUGGAAACCGGUCGGAGCGAGCGCGGCGCGGCGAGGCGCGGCGAGGCGAGGGGGCGCGGGCUCGAGGGGCUGGCACAAAUGGUCAGGCGGCGGCGGCGGCGGUAGUUGGAGGCGCGGCGGGCGCUGCCGCCGGUGCGGGCAGAGCUGCGCGCCGCGGCCGCCCCGUCCCUGCCCUCCGCGCUCCCUUGAUGAGUCUCAAGUUCGCGCCGGGAGGAGCAGCAGCGGCACACGAGCGGCGGCGGCGGCCCGGCCGGGCGGGCGGCUCCGGCGGCACCGACUGAGUAUGGCCGAGCGGCGCGGGCCGGCGGGCGGCGGCGGGGCCGGCGGGCGACUGCUGCUGCCGCUGGUGCUGUGGGCGGCGGCGCUGCCCGCCGGGGGCCAGCCGCCGGCGCCGCAGUACAACGGCGAGCGGGGCAUCUCCAUCCCGGACCACGGCUACUGCCAGCCCAUCUCCAUCCCGCUGUGCACCGACAUCGCCUACAACCAGACCAUCAUGCCCAACCUGCUGGGCCACACCAACCAGGAGGACGCGGGGCUGGAGGUGCACCAGUUCUACCCGCUGGUGAAGGUGCAGUGCUCGGCUGAGCUCAAGUUCUUCCUGUGCUCCAUGUACGCGCCGGUGUGCACGGUGCUGGAGCAGGCGCUGCCGCCCUGCCGCUCGCUCUGCGAGCGGGCCCGCCAGGGCUGCGAGGCCCUCAUGAACAAGUUCGGCUUCCAGUGGCCCGACACGCUGCGCUGCGAGAAGUUCCCAGUGCACGGCGCCGGCGAGCUCUGUGUGGGCCAAAACGCCUCCGAGCGCGGCACCCCCACGCCCGCCCUGCGCCCCGAGAGCUGGACCAGCAACCCGCAGCGCGGUGGGGGCGCCGGGGGCGGCGAGCCCCGCGGGCGCUUCUCCUGCCCGCGGGCCCUCAAGGUGCCCUCCUACCUGAACUACCGCUUCCUGGGAGAGAAGGACUGUGGGGCGCCCUGUGAGCCGGGCCGCCUCUACGGGCUCAUGUACUUCGGGCCCGAGGAGCUGCGCUUCUCCCGCACCUGGAUCGGCAUCUGGUCGGUGCUCUGCUGCGCCUCCACGCUCUUCACCGUCCUCACCUACCUGGUGGACAUGAAGCGGUUCAGCUACCCCGAGCGGCCCAUCAUCUUCCUCUCGGGCUGCUACACCGCCGUGGCCGUGGCCUACAUUGCCGGCUUCCUCCUGGAGGAGAGGGUGGUCUGCAACGAGCGCUUCGCUGAAGACGGCUCCCGGACCGUGGCGCAGGGCACAAAGCGGGAGGGCUGCACCAUCCUCUUCAUGAUGCUUUACUUCUUCGGCAUGGCCAGCUCCAUCUGGUGGGUCAUCCUCUCCCUCACCUGGUUCCUGGCCGCCGGCAUGAAGUGGGGCCACGAGGCCAUCGAGGCCAACUCCCAGUACUUCCACCUGGCUGCCUGGGCCGUGCCGGCCAUCAAGACCAUCACCAUCCUGGCCCUGGGACAGGUGGACGGGGAUGUGCUCAGCGGCGUCUGCUUUGUGGGCAUCAACAACGUGGACGCGCUGCGGGGCUUCGUGUUGGCCCCCUUGUUUGUCUACCUGUUCAUUGGCACCUCCUUCCUGCUGGCCGGCUUUGUGUCCCUCUUCAGGAUCCGGACCAUCAUGAAGCACGAUGGCACCAAGACAGAAAAGCUGGAGAAGCUCAUGGUGAGGAUAGGGAUCUUCAGCGUCCUCUACACAGUGCCGGCCACCAUCGUCAUUGCCUGCUAUUUUUAUGAGCAAGCUUUUAGGGAACAGUGGGAAAGGAGCUGGGUCACGCAGAGCUGUAAGAGCUAUGCCAUCCCCUGUCCAAAUAACCACAACAGCCAUCACCCACCCAUGAGCCCUGACUUCACCGUCUUCAUGAUCAAGUAUCUCAUGACCUUAAUUGUAGGCAUCACCUCAGGCUUCUGGAUCUGGUCUGGGAAAACACUGAACUCCUGGAGGAAGUUUUACACCAGGCUGACCAACAGCAAGCAGGGGGAAACCACGGUGUGAAACCCCAGCCCGCCAGGCCGAGGGGGGACCGCCUGGGCGGCCAGGUGGCUGAGGGACCCAGGCGCUGCUCGCCAGCGCCCACCUUGCCCGCUGGCCAGCGGUGUGGAGAUGCUCGUGUUUAUCCAGCCUCGGCAAACUUUGCAGACUGCUAGUCGUUUCUCCAGGCUACAGGGAACAGAGAGAAAAAAAGAGUCAGGUUUUGUAAUGGCUUUGCUUGGAGUUUCAGUUGCAUGAACAGCAGGGCCUGGACUGAGGCUGCUGUGACUGCCUAGGGCGCCUCCUGACACAGGCUGGGUCCUGAUCCCAGCCUGCCAGAGGUAUGUGGAGGUGGAGGUGGGUUUGGGGAGGAGUGCAGCUUCCUGACUUGGGCCCAGCCUGGCCCAUAUGGGGAGGACAGCCGCCUGACCCGCUGGUGGGACAGCGCUUCGCCUCGCCUCUGCCACGGCCCCCUUGGCCAGAGCAAACCAGCCCCGCUGCCCCGCACCCCAAGCAUCACCAGCGCCAAGCGUGCCCAGGAGGGAGCCUGCUCAGCCACCAGACCCAUGGUGGGAGGCAAAAAAAGCACCCGGUCCUGCCCAAAGGUGUGUCUGGCCUUUUUCUGGGUGGAGAGCGUGGCUGCAAUGCUUUGUUUUAGGGGGACUGGCUGCUAGCUGUCCACUCUUGUUUAUUAAAUUUAUUUAAAUGCACCACUUAGUUUUGAAAGAGUUGGCCUUUUUUUUUUUGUUGUGCUUUGGCCAGGAAUUGAGGUUUAACACCGUCUGCACCUGUGGCCUGUUCGAUGGCUUAAGAGGUAAAUGGGGACAUAGAAAUACCAAACACUUCCCUUUUUUUAGCCCACAUAAUGAACUUUUCAGUUGUAAAACAAAGAUGUCUGGUCUGUGUUUUUCCUCAGAAAUGAGAUUAUUGCCUUUCUCCGUCACAAGAUGCAUACAUUUUGGAGGAAAAAGAUUAAGCAUAACUACAAAUCUGAAUUCUGAGUGUGUAGUCAGUUUCAGCUGUCUCCUUUCUUCACGAGCAGCUUGCACGUGUUUAUAUUCUUCUUCUGUUAAUGAAAACUCUGACAGAGAACUACCUGGAAUGCUUUGUUGAGGUGCUGAUAUCUACUUAGACUAACAGAGGGCUCGAUAUAAACACAACCAGAAUAAAAUGCAGCAUUCAGAUUUCUUUUUUCUAAUUAAAUCCAUAAACUGGCUCUUCAUUUUGGAAACAUUCGAAUCAUUGCCAUUGCCCUGAAUUUUAGUUCGUUAACAUUUAAUUUGUUACACAUUAUGAGGGUGUGAUGAUUUCUGCCAGUAGUAAAAACAAAGGAAUAAUAAAAAAAAUUAAAAAAAAAACCAAAACAGAAAACCAGUAUGUUUAAGCACUGUGGCGGGUUUUAAGACCUUAAGGAGCCUCUGCUAUCUUUUUUUUUUUUUUUAGUACAGUAAUAAACAUUGCAUACUACAAAGAUAAGAUGUCAUGUGUGCGGUAUAUCUACUACCUUGUAUGCUUCUGGGUGUAUGGGAUUGUGCUUCUUAUUCCAAAAGGUUGAAAAUGAAAUGUAACUUUCAACAGAUGCAUUUGAAUAUUUAGUCCUCUGUAUGAAAAACAGCAGAAUGCUUCUCUCCUGAUUGUAUGUUUUAAACUUUUUUUAUAUAACAAAUGCCUGUAUUUAGGUUCAUAAACAUUAUCUAUGGCUUUCAUACCCUGAAAUGCAAAAUUAGUUGAAUUUGGUAUGCAUUUAUUUCUGUUCAUUAUCACAAGAUCAUCUAUAUUUAUAGAGGAAUAGAAAUUUAUAUAUAUUAAAUACCAUAUUUUUAAUUUCUCUGAAAUAAAUUGAGUUUUUGUACAAAACUA